UAAUCUGAGGUUUUGCUGGUGUGCUUGUGCUCUUAUCUGUCAGAUGCAGCACUGGGAACCUCUAGUAGCAGCGGCGCUCAGCCACUUGGUGUUCUUGACUGUGUGGGUGGCAUUUAUGUAGAUGACUAGUUCAUCUAUAAAAGUAUCGCUGUAAUGCACAGCAGAGUGACAGACAGCAAGCGUUAAGGAGGAGUGGACAGAGACAGAGACAUAGCGACAGAACAACUUUGCAAGUUUACAACAAAGGUCAAAGGAAGAGUUACAGAGACGGCCAGAUGGCGAACGGAUCUGCCGAGAUUUUGAUGAACACGUCAACCAUCAAUGCCAUGACCUGCCUGGUCAGUGACGAGUACAAGUACUCAGUCUACUCCAUCGUGUACAGUAUUGUGUUUGCGGUAGGCUUCAUCUCCAACUUGCUGGCUCUCUACAUCUUCUGCUGGGUCACUCGGAACAAGAACGCCUCCACUGUCUACCUGAUCAACUUGGCAGUAGCUGACCUGCUCUUCGCGUUGAGCUUGCCCCUCCGCGUCACGUAUUACCUGAACGGGCUUCACUGGCCCUUUGGGGAUGUGAUGUGCAGGUUGUCCUCCUACAUCUUCUACCUGAGCAUGUACUGCAGCAUCUUUUUCCUGACCUGCCUCAGUGUCUCUCGCUACCUGUCCAUUGCGCAGUAUUUCAAGCUGCAAAGACUCUUCACCUUCAGACGCUGCACGCUCACCUGUGCCUGCAUCUGGCUUUUUGUGAGUGUGACCUCGUCCCCUUUCCUGCUCUCAGGCACCCACGUGAUCGACGGCAAAGUCAAGUGCUUCCAACCGAUCACUAUGAGCAACUGGAUACGUAUUGCAAACCUGAACUACUUAGCGCUGGUAAUUGGCUUCCUGCUCCCCUUCGCAACCAUUCUGGUUUGCUACACUCUGAUGAUAAAGCACAUCAUGAGGACCAGCUGGAGCAGGAAGAAGGUCAGGAGGGAUGUGGCCACCAUAGUUCUGGUCCUGGGGGUGUUUCUGAUCUGCUUCCUCCCGUAUCACAUCCAGAGGACAGUGCACUUGCACUUCCUGGUGCACCACCACACCAACUGUGACCUAGAGAACACCUUGCGCAAAUCUGUGGUGGCCACCCUGUGUCUAGCCACUGCCAAUAGCUGCUUUGACCCUUUGCUUUACAUUUUUGUGGGCCAAGGGUUCAAGAAGUUUGUUAGAACACGGUUUAUGAAAAUAAACCCCAACAUGGUCUCCAGCUCCUCCAGCACUAAGAUCAACACUAGUGAACUUUACUCACCACAGGCCAGAGAUUUGGAGCUAUGUCCUAUGGGACCAUCUGACGUGGCUCAGACUCCUGCUUAUGGAGGAAGGGUUGGAGAUGAUGAGGAGCAAUGUCAAAGGGAAAACUUAUUUAGCAAUAGGCAAGAUAUUUCGCAGUAGUCUCUUAACACCACACACUGGGUUCAACUUUUGAAACGGACCAAGAGUGAUUCCUAUCAGUUAAUCUUACAAUCGGCAUCUGUUCAUUUUAUUACUAAUUUGUGCUUGAAAAAUGUUUCACAGAAAGUAAAUCAUUUGAAAAUAGAAUUGAUUAGAACUCAAAGCAAAUAUUUAUAAGCAACAGAUUGGAAUCCUGUAGUGUUGUGGUUAGAGAACUCGCCUUGCAAGAGAGGACCCAGCUUCAGUACUCGGGCGGUGCAAAACUUUAGGCACGUUUUCUUACUCCACACGCCACUGUUUACCUAGCAAUAAGUAGGAA